AUGUUCUUGUCUACCUCUGUAUAUGUCUGGUUUUUCAUAAGUUUCUCUCUUCUCUCCCCCAUCUAUCUAUCUAUCUAUCUAUCUAUCUAUCUAUCUAUCUAUCAUAGUCUCUGCAAGUCUAUCUCAAUAUGUUCUUGCCCCCUCUCUCCCCCCUUUCUCCCCUCUCUCUCCCCCUCUCUAUCUCUCUCCCUCUCUCUCUCUCUCUUUAUAUAUCACACUUUCUAUACCUGGUUUUUGCAGCUCUCUAUCUUAUUUAUAUAUAAAUUUAUAAAAAAUUUUAUUGUUAUGUUAUAUACAUAUAUACGUAUAUCUAUCUAUCUAUCUAUCUAUCUAUCUAUCUAUCUAUCAGUCUAUCAAUCUAUCUAUCUAUCUAUCUAUCUAUCUCAGUUUGUUCAUAUCUAUCUAUCGAAAUCUAUUCAUAUAUUCUCAUCUAUCUAUCUAUCUAUCUAUCUAUCUAUCUAUCUAUCUAUCUAUCUAUCAUCAUACACUGUUCCUAUCUGUCACUCUAUCGCAGUUUAUUUCUAUCUAUCUAUCUAUCUAUCUAUCUAUCUAUCUAUCUAUCUAUCUAUCUAUCUCAGUCUUUUCACUAUCUAUCUAUCUAUCUAUCUAUCUAUCUAUCUAUCUAUCUAUCUAUCUAUCUAUCUAUCUAUCUAUCUAUCUCAGUCUUUUCACUAUCUAUCUAUCUAUCUAUCUAUCUAUCUAUCUAUCUAUCUAUCUAUCUAUCUAUCUCUCAGUCUUUUUAAAAAUCUAUCUAUCUAUCUAUCUAUCUAUCUAUCUAUCUAUCUAUCUAUCUAUCUGUCGAAAUUUGUUUAUAUGUAUCUAUCUCAGUUGUUAUCUAUCUAUCUAUCUAUCUAUCUAUCUAUCUAUCUAUCUAUCUAUUCAUGUCAGCCUGUCCAUUAUCUAUCUAUCUAUCUAUCUAUCUAUUCAUGUCAGCCUGUCCAUUAUCUAUCUAUCUAUCUAUCUAUCUAUCUAUCUAUCUAUCUAUCUAUCUAUCUAAGUCUGCUUCUAUCUGACUGUUUCUAUCUAUCUAUCUAUCUAUCUAUCUAUCUAUCUAUCUAUCUAUCUAUCUAUUUUUUCUUUCAAUCUCUCUAUCUUGGCCUUAAUGCCUUGCAUCUAUCUAUCUAUCUAUCUAUCUAUCUAUCUAUCUAUCUAUCUAUCUAUCUAAGUCUGUUUCUUUCUUUCUAUCUCAGUCUGUUUCUUUCUAUCUCAGUCUGUUUCUAUCUAUCUAUCUAUCUAUCUAUCUAUCUAUCUAUCUAUCUCAGUCUGUUCAUAUCUAUCUAUCGAAAUAUAUCUAUCUGUCUAUCGAAAUUUGUUCAUAUCUAUUUCAGUCUCAUCUAUCUAUCUAUCUAUCUAUCUAUCUAUCUAUCGAAAUCUAGCGACAUUUUCGGAAUAAAUUGGUUGAUUCAUUCGAAAAUGGCCAAACUUUUAUUUUUGGCUGAUUCCAUCUAUCUAUCUAUCUAUCUAUCUAUCUAUCUAUCUAUCUAUCUAUCUCAGUCUUUUCACUAUCUAUCUAUCUAUCUAUCUAUCUAUCUAUCUAUCUAUCUAUCUAUCUAUCUAUCUCAGUCUUUUCACUAUCUAUCUAUCUAUCUAUCUAUCUAUCUAUCUAUCUAUCUAUCUAUCUAUCGAAAUCUGUUUAUAUCUAUCUCAAGCGACAUUUUCGGAAUAAAUUGGUUGAUUCAUUCGAAAAUGACCAAACUUUUAUUUUUGGCUGAUUCCUAUUUAACGACUCUUCCAUCUAUCUAUCUAUCUAUCUAUCUAUCUAUCUAUCUAUCUAUCUAUCUAUCUAUCUAUCUCCAUGCUUUCAAGCCAACUUUAAUCUUCAAAAAUUUAAAUGCAAUAUCAAUCACUAUCUGCUAUCAACGAGCCAAUCCAGUCGAAACGACCCAUCUAGCGACACGGCUUGCUUCUUAUUUAUGUGACGUGCCAUUGUGA